ACGCGUCUCCAUAACCACAACGUCGACAAUAAGGCCACAUCGCUCCUCGAUCCUACCACUCACGCCUUCGCGACUCGCACAACAAUCAUAUACAACUCUCAAAAAGCACCCCUUUCGCGCUCACAACAUUUAAGCAUCACAUACAACCAACCGCCCCACAACCAGGCCACAAUGCCCACGAACAACACUCACGCCACAUUGCCAGCCUCACCGGCCACAACGUCCACACUCGCGGAAUUACACGACCUGGACAUGUCAAUCGCGUGGCUCGAUCACCGGCUCGAAACAACCAAUGCUCCCGCAUCCGACGCUCCCCACGACCUCCGUGGUGUCGCGCAGCGGGACCGCGUCAGCAUGAGCGACCAGCUCGCAGAGAGAGAAGCGAAACGGGACCGACCGGAUGCCGAGCUGUUCGGCGCCGCGAGCGACUACGAUGGCUACGCCACCGAGUCCGACGUUGAAGAAGAUGGCCAGUCCAGCGAUGACGACAGUGGCUACGGCGGCGACGUCGACAGUGACGACGCGCAAGGUCAACUUCCGCCUGUUCGUCGACGUGUCUCACCGCCGCUUGAGCACCACGAAUAUCGCGUCGUGAGCCCUCUGCCAACAUUCCUGCAGAACCGAGGUGAGUCCCCCUUAUCUGUUGUUCGCUUUGGAGAAAUAUUGACGCUCCCUGCGUAGCUCUAGCUCGCUCAAAUCUUGGACAGCCGCCGCAUGUCGCUGAAUACAGCGGCCAAGCACCCAGAGACGAAAACGUUCGACGAGG